AUGACCAAGGUCCAGCAAAUCAUCAAGCCGGAAUCUAACCCCGCAGCGACCUCCCCCUCCUCCGCGACGACCCGCAAAUCCCUCCACCAGAACAUCUUCGGCAAGCUGCGGCCCCUCCCCUUCCAGUACCACUGGGCCGUCUGGUACGACAAGCACACGGACGCAACCAAGGAAGCCACCGCCCAGGACUACGACUCACGCCUGUACCUCCUGCACGAGGACGUCUCCGACAUCGCCACUUUCUACCGCGUCUACAACAACUACCCGUGGGACAAGGUGCGCCUGCGCGACACCGUGCACAUCUUCCGCAAGGGCGUGCGGCCCGUCUGGGAGGACCCGGAGAACCGCAACGGCGGGUGCUGGCGUUUCCGGGUGCCCAAGAACAAGGCGCAGGAGUUCUUUCACGAGAUCGCGAUCCUGUGCAUGGCGAAUGAGUUCCAGGCUGUGUUGGAGAAGGAACACGACCACGUCCUCGGCGUCUCCACGUCCGCGCGCUUCAACUCCAACCUCAUCUCCGUGUGGAAUAAACUCGGCGACAACGAACGCUCCAUCAAGGCCCUCGAGCAGACCAUCCUCGACCGCCUGUCUCCCGAACUGCGUCCCACCGGGACCGGCUCAACCGCCUACUUCUACAAACGGCAUGCCGAGAAUGACGGCUUUACUGAGGCUGUCGAGAAGGCGAGUACAGUGACGUGA